GUGAAUAUAAUGAGAAUAUUGAUAUUUUUAUUAGUCGAUUAUCAUUAUAUUUAGCUGGCACUGGUAUUGACCCAGUUGCCAAUUGGGAUCAAGCAUUUGGUAUUCUUAGAAGGUGUCUAUAUGGGAGAGCAUUAGAAUAG